AUGAAAUCUACUUUUCAAUUCACUAAAACAAACACUGGUAGUAGUCACUUAGAAAAUUCGAUGUCCGCAGAAAAACUACAUACUUGUGGAGCUAUUUAUGAAACCGACAUAUCAAGGGAAAAUAGUAAUGGAUUAACGGAAAAAUCUAAAAACGACUUUGAAACUACUUCAGGUAAACGUCAACAAAACGUGCCAAAAUCAUUAGGUUUCAAACAUGGAAGUAAAAACCUAUUAAUGACCAAUAGAAAUGAUGAAGGCAUUAUGAAACAGCAGUUACCCAGUAAUGUGGGACAGCAAAAUAAUCCACACAGUGAGAAAGAUGUUAAUAGUUGUGAAAACGUUAUGGAUAAUAACAAAAUUCUAAAACAAAAAUCAAAGCGAAAUGUAUCAUAUCACGAAAAUGUUGACACUAGAUCUGUGGACAAUUCAUCAAAUGCUGGAAGUAAAAAUUAUUACAGCAGCUCGUCAUCGACUAUGUCCUCCGUGACUGAAAGCUCUACAUCACAAAAUUACACAGACUCUGUAUCUCCUGAAGCUCACUUAUCAAAAUUGAAGAAAAUACACCGUAAAGCAUCAAGGCGUAAAAAACUAAAAUAUCUUAAAGGAAUAUUUUGCUUUUUAUCAAUUCACCUAGGUGUCGUGAAUAGACAAUGGGUCAAGUAUCUUUUCUACUUCAGUGGAACUCGAUUUUUAAAAUUCACUUGCUGUCUCAAAUUUAUUAG